AUGGCAACAGCGACAUCCGCGAGGGUUGCGGAGCUACCACCCGUACGCACGUCGGUGGAACGGCUCUUGUUGAAUCCUUUUGUCGUUUUCCUUGUCACGUUUGCCAUCCGCGCAACACUUUUCACGUUUCGCGACUCGGUUGAGCCGUACAUCGCUUUCUCGGUUAUUCCGCGCCCAUCGCUAGAGGACAUUGUGGGGAAGGCCGCCACCGGGGCAUGGCAUGAUGCUGCUCAAUCCGCGUAUGUAAGUGGCGGUGGGCGGCAAGCGGAGCGACUCAUGACGCCGCCGCCUGUGCACUUUAGCAUGUCGAUCUCAAUGACGGAGGCGUCGACGUGGCGGGAGGUGGUGUACUGGCGCGAGAGCGGCUUCGCGGAGGUGGCGCCCUACUAUCUGCAGGAACUAGCGCUGUGGUACGUGCGCUUUAUUCCGGCGGUGCUAGCCAAACCACCGGUCACUGGACUGGUGCUGAGUGCGAUGGAUGGACUGACGGCCGCGCUUGUCUCGCGAUGGUCCUCUGCGAGUGCCGCGCUGCUGUACGCGUUUUUCGUGCUGAACCCUAUCAUGAUCCUCACCACCACAUCCGAGUCGCUCACCUCCUUCGAGUUGCUUCUGCUGACCGUAACGGUCGACCUCUGCGCUCGGCGAGCCAAGUCGGCGCUUGCGUACACCGGUGCGCUCGUCGGUGCCUUUACUCUGGGCAGCCACUUCAUCGCCGUUCCCGUGAUCCUUCUCGCGCCACUAGGCACCCAGUCGUAUCGUAUUGCCUUCGCCGUGGCGGCGGCGCUGGCCGCAGGUGUCGGGGCCUAUGCUGUGCUUUAUCUCUACUCUACGGAGGUAUCGCAUCGCUUCGCGUCUCUCUACGCGCCGCCCGACAAUGGCGUCAUGUGGUACGUGCGUCAGCUCGUCCUUCCCUCCUUUGAACGCUGUCUUGAGGUCUUCAUGCUGCAGCUGGCGCCGAUGCUGCUCAUUCCGGCAGCCGUCGCUUUCCCAGUCGGCUAUUUGCGCCAGCCUUUGUCAUCCACUGCGCACCCGCAUCUCUUCACGGACGGACGCGUGUUUCUUCUGUUGAUGGCCGAGGGUCUGUCGGUGCUCUUCCGCAACCAGCUUACUCUCCCAUACUGCUUCCUCAUCAUCUUGCAUUUUUACUCCUCCCUAAACCCCACCGCGUCCAAGAAGGUGACGCUCGAGGACCAGCGGGUGGUGACGUACUCGCCGUACAUGCGGGUUCGCCUGCUUGUGCCCAUCGUUAUCCAGUUGACAAGCAUUCCGCUGGAGGCGAGCUUUUACGCUGGGUGGGUGCUGCGCGAGACGGCCAACGCGAACUGGAAAUUUUUCUCCGACGUCGCUUUCAUGCUGGGCGCGACGGCCUUCUUUGUGCUGUGGUACGCCGAGGUCGUCGAAGAUGCGGUGCUGUGUGAGAAUGACGCCGGCGCAGACGCGGUGACUUGCUCCGCGUCGCCCUUCAAGACCACAAAGAGGGACUGA